GAACCAUAGUACUAUAUUGACUUCACCAUCCCCAUGGUGAUACCAACAGUAAUGAUAGUAAGUAUCUAAAUCUUAUGAUUAUCUAGCUAACGAGUAUCCAUCGAAGCAAUUGGACCACGUUUUUUAUUUUUAAAUGGCAAUAUGUGUGCUCCGAUUUUGGAUACAUUGAUUCCAAGAUCAGCCUAGAGUGGUUCGAAUGUAUAUUCGAUUCCGAAACUAAAGAAGAAGCUAAUAAGAAACCACGUGUCUUGAUCUACAACGGCUUUGGAACACACAAGACCCUCGAAAUCUUAGAGUUCUGUUUCAAGAACAAUAUUCUUUUAUACCGUUUCUCCUGUUAUACCUCCCACAAGCUCCAGCCUUGUGAUAUAACAGUGUUUGCUCCACUCAAAACAGCUUAUCGCGAUUAGGUUGAUUGACUCGAAUAAGAAGGUAUAAAUACAACUGGUAAGGAGUACUUCACCUCUCUAUAUAGCCCCGCAAGGGAAAGAGUGUUCACACUAAAGAAUAUCAAAACUGGCUUCGCCGUAAAUGGUUUGUUCCUGUUCAAUCCAGAUAGGGUGCUCAGAAGUAUGCCCGCCCCUUUAGCUGAACCAGCUAUGCUAAGAGCCGAUGAGGUGAAGGUAGUGUCUUGUCGGCAAGAUAUAGAACCACAAACGUUUGUAACGCUAGUGUCAGUAGAAGCCUUUAUUUCAUUGCAAAACCUGAAUAUCCAAUACGAUGCUCAUACGAUGGAUGAAACGAGUAAACAAAAUCUGGCAAAGCACUUACAAAAAUAUACCAAAGCUCUCCAAACAUUCUCUACUAAAAGCAUUCUGCAGGAUAACCGAAUUCAAUUUCUGACCACAAUUAAUAACGAAGCUAAAGUUCAACAAUCAACAAGAUCAUUGGUACUAGAAAAAGUAAAAGUUAUAAACUAUAAGGAUCUUAAGAAAGUAUAAGCAACGUGUGCCGUAAAAGAGUCUACCCAAACAGCCAAAGGCAAGGAAAAACGUGGUCGGAAGUGUAAGAGUAGUACGCCAGAAGUAGGUGAAGAGAACAUAGAUAUGGCGAAGUAUAGUCGGAAACGCAAAAACGCUGUACAAGAUCCGCCUAAGCCGGUCAAUAAGGUGACACAAGUAUUAUUGAUAGCCUCAAUAGUACAGAUAAGCAAGAUACCGAUCGCGGAAGAUAAGAUUGUACCAGAAACAUACAGAGCCCCAGUAGCGCGGAUGUAUUAGCGGAGGAAGAAACUGCCGUAUGAUAUAAUAAUAAAGUUGAUAGACUUGAUCCUUGGUUGAGGCAAGCUCGUGCUAGCUUCGAGACUUGUUACUAUAAAGUAGAGUUGAUAUUAAUCUGCAUUUGUUUCUGAUAUAAUGGGUUGUACCAGCCUUUUGUGUCAUGAUUCUGCCGUUAUGCCCUGCAAUGGCCGUUGCUUGCCAUCAUUAUGCCCGCUAUUGUGCCCGCUGUCGUUGUGCCCUUGUUAUAUUAUCUUGGGUAGUGUUGCCUCUUGUCGCCGAGCACGCCGAGCACACCACUGUCUUGCCAUGUUGUCAUCGUUUGAGCUGCUCUCAACGUCUUUGCUAGGUCAUCGCGGGCAGGCGCGCUGAUAUCGUGCUCCUCUUGGCACUCUUGCGACCCUUAUAAUUCCGUCAUCAGGUCAUCAUAGAAUUCGUUGGCGAUCUGUCCACCUCUGCAGAGGCGGAAUUCCCCUUGGUUCCAGGGCUGAAUAUCGAAGAGGCUUGUCUUUCUAUAAUAAAGUGAUAAGCUGUGAGGAUACUGUUGAGGCAUAAGUGAAAGCAUGGUGUAAAGGAUAUCAUACUGUUCAUUGGAAGUGAAAUCAGUGUCGCUUUUCAUCUUUACCAGCACCGACCAGCAGCUCGGCCAAAAUCGGCUGAUAGCUUAGUAAGCUUCUACAAUACAAUUGGUAACUAUCGGAGUAAGUUGAGUUACUAAAUACAAUGAAGAUUUGAGUUGAGCACGAAGCUCCUAUAUACUAAGGAAAUCCAUCUGAUUAUAUAGA